AUGAACACGUUCUCUCGCCGCACAUCUUCUCUCCUUCCUCACGUCCGCUCUUUUUCUUCUUCCCGUCAUGUCCGAGCAGACUUUACACAUGCCGUUAUCGGCGCUGGAGCAGUUGGCCUGGCUAUCGCCCGCCGUCUGCAACAAGUCCCGGGAGCUCAAGUGGUGCUGAUAGAAAAGCACAGCAUGGUGGGUUCUGAGACCAGUUCUCGCAAUUCCGAGGUCAUUCAUGCCGGCCUCUACUAUGGUCCGGACAGUCUCAAAACCCGCCUUUGUUUGAAGGGGAAAGAGAUGAUGUAUGACUUUUGCGAGAAAGAACGGAUUCCGCACAUGAACUGCGGCAAGUGGAUCGUCGCCCAAACAAAUGCUCAAAURUCCGAGUGUGAAAAAGUCCACGAUUUUGCCAAGUCCAUGUCCAUUCYCAUUCGAUACGUAUCGAAAGAAGAAGCUCAACGUCGAGAGCCGGAAGUACGUGCUGAAUCGGGCGUUCUCGAAUCUCCAACAACGGGGAUUGUAGACUCACACGAUUUCAUGCAACAUCUACAAGGCGACUUUGAGAACGCAGGAGGCACGCUGGCGCUGUGUAGUCCCGUCACUCGAAUUUCGCCUCCUUCAUCUGGGGGUGCGGAAUGGAAGAUCUGGACAGGUGCAGGAACGACUGAACCCACGCCAUCCUCUCCAACACCUCAGCAUCCUUCUCAGAGCUCUUCUCCCGAAGAAGAUACAUUCAUAACUGCCGAGACCGUCGUCAACUCCGCGGGACUCUACGCAUGUGCGAUAAAUAACAUGAUCCUGCCGCCUGACAGACACAUCAAACCUUUCUACGCCAAAGGGACGUAUUACACGUAUUCCAAAUCACAUCCCAAACCAUCCACGCUCGUCUAUCCCGCCCCGACUCCGGGUCUUGGUGGUCUGGGAACACAUCUCACACUCGACAUGGGCGGACAAAUGCGCUUUGGACCGGAUGUCGAGUGGGUAGAAUCUCCCAACGAUCUCGCUCCGACGCCGAAUCGUGAAAGGUUUGCUGCUGCUCUCGAGGAGAUUCAAUCUUUCCUGCCAGGCAUUGAUGUUGAUGCGAUAUCCCUCGGCUACGCAGGGAUAAGACCCAAGUUGGGAAGAUUGAGUGCGACCGCUGGAAAGGGCUUUCAGGAUUUCUACAUCAAGAAAGAGGAGGGUGUUGAAGGAUUCGUGAAUCUCUUGGGGAUAGAAAGUCCUGGGUUGACGAGUUCUUUGGCGAUUGGCGAGGAGGUUUGGAGAUUGCUGUAUCGAUAG